AUGCACGACUUCUAUGCAUGGGAUGUUAUUCGAUGGCCGAGCUUACCUAGAAUAGCUGACAAACGAGCCCAACUGCCCCGUCGCACCACUAUGGAUUCCAUUCACAUAAAUUCACCACCAUCUAGCCCACCCCACUCACAUGACGUAUGGUCCCCUAAUAUUCGAACAAAUUCUCGCGAAGCAUGGUCGCCCACAAGAAGCUCUGCUGCAGCAUCUCGCGACACAUGGUCACCAGCUCAGCGUAGCAGUUUAAACUCUGCACAGAGAAGUACUCCCACUUCAAGGGAUACCUCAGGAAGAUCUCGUGCUAGUCUCUCAUCUAUGCACAGUCCAAUGAGUUUUCUGCCCACAAGGGAAACUUCGCCUAGAUCGUGUCAAGACAAGAAAUUCAGCUUCUCACAUCGUCUCGUAUAA